AUGGCUGACUUGGAUCACAACCUCAGUCUUGCGGAUGCUCUGACAGAGCCACCUCCCGAGAUUGAGGAAGAAGUGAAAAGGGACUUCAUUGCCACUCUGGAAGCAGAGAAAUUUGAUGACGUGGUCGGAGAAACAGUAGAUAAAACAGACUAUGUUCCUCUGCUGGAUGAUGACGAUGCAAAAGCUGGGAGCCAGGAACCAAAAAGCAAACCCCAUGCAGACGGUAUUCAGGUGGAACAUACUUCAGCUUCUGGGCCAACAGUUGUCGAAAAUGGUGACCAUGGAAUAGAAGAUCACCGCACAGAGAGUAGCUUGCACCUGAACAUUCCUGGUACCCUGCUAGUACCCUCGACUACACUACUAUACCGGUUUACUCAUGACGUACUGGAAGAAUAUUGCACCUUGAAUGAAUACUACUGUUAA